AAAAAAUGCCACCCCUUCCAAGAAGCCUUCCCUGAUUUCUCCACCUUUGACCUAUGGUAUCCCUUCUUCUCUGGCCUUGCAGCCCCGGUAGAGAAACUCAAGCCUCCGGGGCAGUCAGAUCUUAGCUUUGCCUUUUUGCUAUUGAAGUGCACUGUGGCUUCAAACAAGGUCCUCUGCUUUCCCGGGCCUCAGUUUCCCCAGCAGUGCAGAAGCAGGUUGUCUCGAAGGACCCGCCCAACGCUAAGGCAACGUGAUUCGCUCUGGCAAAAGCGGGGGGCUACCCGCAUUGCUGCGCAGGCAUCGGGCUGCAGGCUGGGCACCGUCACCGGGCUGCGGGCGCUUUCCUCCCGGCUAGGGGCUGCCAGCGAGGAUCACCGCUCCAGACGUGGCGCAGGAAAGUGGGGGCGCGACUCCCGGCUCGCUCAGGCACCGCGCGGCCCCGCCCCCGCAGCCAGCGGCCCUGCGGCAGCCGGGGCCUGAGCUCCGCCCUCCGCCUCCCGCGGGCCUCGCUCCCUCCUCCCGCCUUCCUCGCUAGCUCGCUGGUUCCCUCCCCCCGGCCCGCUCGGCGCUGACUCCGCGGCACGCUGCAGCCGCGGCUGGAAGAUGGCGGGGAACGACUGCGGCGCGCUGCUGGACGAAGAGCUCUCCUCCUUCUUCCUCAACUAUCUCGCCGACACGCAGGGUGUGGGAUCCGGAGACGAGCAACUCUGCGCCGACUUUCCGGAGCUCGACCUCUCCCAGCUGGAUGCCAGUGACUUCGACUCUGCCACCUGCUUCGGGGAGCUGCAGUGGUGCGCCGAGAGCUCGGAGACCGAAGCCAGCCCGUACGGCCCCGACGACUCGGAGCUCUUCCAGAUAAUUGACAGUGAGAAUGAGGCCCUCCUGGCUGCGCUCACCAAGACCCUGGAUGACAUCCCCGAAGAUGACGUGGGUCUGGCCGCUUUCCCGGCCCUGGACGGUGGAGACGCACUCUCCUGUACUUCAGUUUCGCCUGCCCCCUCAUCUGCGCCCCCCAGCCCCUCUCUGGAGAGUCCCCCCGCCCUGGCCCCCGAGGUGGAUGAGCUGUCGUUGCUGCAGAAGCUCCUGCUCGCCACAUCCUACCCAGCGUCAAACUCCGACCUCCAGAAGGAAGGUACCGCCUGGCGCCAGGCAGGCCUCAGGUCCAAAAGUCAGCGACCUUGUGUCAAGAUGGACAGCAUCCAAGACAAGAAGGCUCCCACAGUGCAGUCUCAAAGCCGGAGUUGUACAGAACUGCAUAAGCACCUCACCUCGGUGCCGUCCUGCCUGCAGGCUAAAGCCCACUCCCCGGAAAGGGGCCUGCAGCCACCAGCCCCCCUGAGUCCCCAGCUCCCUGCCAAGGAGGACGAGAAGCCGGGCGAGGACUGCCCGAGCUCCCAGCCAGCUGCAGCCUCUGCCCGGGACUCCCAAGCGCCGGGCAGGGCAGGCCCCAGCGCCCAAGUUUCACCAGAGGACAUGCAGGCAGUGGUGCACCUCAUUCGCUACAUGCACACCUACUGCCUCCCCCAGAGGAAGCUGCCCCCACAGGCCACAGAGCCAGCCCCUCAGCCCUGCAGCAAUCCCUCCAAGCAGGUCAGACCCUGGGCCCGGUUCCAGCACCCUUCCAAAGCCUCCUGGGCUGAGUUCUCCAUCCUGAGGGAACUUCUGGCUCAAGAUGUCCUCUGUGAUGUCAGCAAACCCUACCGCCUGGCCACGCCGGUCUAUGCCUCCCUCACGCCCCGGCCCAAAGACAGCCAGGCCUCCCCUGGCCACCCAUCCCCGGUGGAAGAGGUUAGGAUAGCAGCUUCUCCCAAGAGCACCGGGCCCAGACCCAGCCUGCGCCCACUGCGGCUGGAGGUGAAAGGGCAUGUCCGCAGGUCAGCAAAGCUGCAGCAAGAGGAGGAAGAUGAAGAGGAAGAGGAGGAGGAGGAGGAAGAAAAAGAAGAGGAGGAGGAAGAAUGGGGCCGGAAAAGGCCAGGCCGAGGCUUGCCAUGGACCAAGCUGGGGAGGAAGCUGGAGAGCUCGGUGUGCCCCGUGCGGCGUUCCAGGAGACUGAACCCCGAGCUGGGUCCCUGGCUGACAUUCACCGAUGAAUCACUGGUCUCCACGGAGCCCCAAGGAUCUCUGGCCUCGCUGGGUCUGGCUCCCGAGGCCUAUGACACAGAGGGGGAGCUGGGCAGCCCCACGGAUGAGGACAGUGGCCAAGACCAGCGGCAACUCCGGGGACCCCAGAUCCCGGCUCUGGAGAGUCCCUGUGAGAGUGGGUGUGGGGACACAGAUGAAGAUCCUAGCUGCCCGCGGCUCCCUUCCAGAGACUCUCCCAGGUGCCUCAUGCUGACCUUGUCGCAAAGUGACCCUCCUUUUGGCAAGAAGAGCUUUGAGGAGACCUUGACGGUGGAGCUCUGUGGCACAGCAGGACUCACCCCACCCACCACACCUCCCUACAAGCCCACAGAAGAGGACCCCUUCAAGCCAGACAUUAAGCACAGCCCAGGCAAAGGCAUAGCUUCCAGCCUCCCCACCCCAGAGGGCCUCCAGCUCAGGGCUGCCACAGGGGCGGCCCACAAGCUGCCAAAGAAGCACCCCGAGCGGAGUGAGCUCUUGUCUCACCUGCGGCAUGCCACAGCCCAGGCAGCUUCCCAGGCUGGUCAGAAGCGUCCUUUCUCCUGUUCCUUUGGAGACCACGACUACUGCCAGGUGCUCAAGCCAGAGGGCGCCCUGCAGCGGAAGGUGCUGAGGUCCUGGGAGCCGUCUGGGGUCCACCUUGAGGACUGGCCCCAGCGAGGUGCCCCACUGGCUGAGGCACAGGCCUCUGGCAGGGAGGAAAACAGAAGCUGGGAUGCAGUCGCACUCCCCAAGGACAGCCUGCUGCUAAGAGACCAUGAGAUCCGUGCCAGCCUCACCAAGCACUUUGGGCUCCUGGAGACUGCCCUAGAGGAUGAAGACCUGGCCUCCUGCAAGAGCCCCGAAUAUGACACUGUCUUUGAAGACAGCAGCAGCAGCAGUGGCGAGAGCUUCCUCCUGGAAGAGGAAGAGGAGGAUGACGAUGAAGAGGACUCAGGGGUCAGCCCCCCUCGCUCUGACCACUGCCCCUACCAGAGCCCACCAAGCAAGGCCAGUCGGCAGCUCUGUUCCCGCAGCCGCUCCAGUUCUGGCUCCUCAUCCUGCUGCUCCCGGUCACCAGCCACUCGAAGGACCUUCAGAUGUGAGAGCAGAGGGCCAUGUUCAGACGGAACGCCAAGCGUCCGGCACGCAAGGAAGCGGCGGGAAAAGGCCAUUGGCGAAGGCCGCAUGGUGUACAUUCGAAAUCUCUCCAGCAACAUGAGCUCCCGCGAGCUGAAGAGGCGCUUUGAAGUGUUCGGUGAGAUCGUAGAGUGCCAGGUGCUGACGAGAAGCAAGAGAGGUGAGAAGUAUGGCUUCAUUACUUACCGGUGUUCUGAGCAUGCUGCCCUCUCCCUGAGGAAUGGCGCAACCCUGCGGAAACGCAACGAGCCGUCCUUCCAGCUGAGCUAUGGAGGCCUCCGGCACUUCUGUUGGCCCAGAUACACUGACUACGAUUCCAAUUCAGAAGAGGCCCUUCCUGCGUCAGUGAAAAACAAAUAUGAAGCCAUGGAUUUUGACAGCUUACUGAAGGAGGCCCAGAAGAGCCUGCAUUGAUAACAGCCUUAACCUUCGAGGAAUACCUCAAUACCUCAGACAAGGCCCUUUCAAUAUGUUUACGUUUUCAAAGAAAAUAAGUAUUGAGAAGGAGAGAGAGCGCGAGCGCGUGAGAGAACACACGUGAGCGAGAGAGACUUGAAACUGCUGUCCUUUAAAAAAAAAAAAAAAUCAAUGUUUACAUUGAACAAAGCUGCUUCUGUCUGUGAGUUUCCAUGGUGUCGACGUUCCACUGCCACAUUAGUGUCCUCGCUUCCGACGGGUUGUCCUGGGUACAUCUUCAAGUGCUGGUUCAGUCACCCAUGUCCCCUUCCUUCCGACCGACUUCCUCUCGUAGACGUGCAGCCGUGUCACCAUAACAUUUCUUGUCUGUAGUGUGUGAUGAUGAAAUUGUUACUUGUGAAUAGAAUCAGGAUUAUAAACUCAUUUUAAUUGAAGAAAAAAAAAGUAUAUCCUUAAGAUAAUGUAUUUAUGGCUCAGACGUGCUGUGCCUGGGGUUAUUGUGUUGCUUCCUUGAUUUUUUACCUAUGCACUGUCAUACAGAGGUUGUUCGCCACUGAGCUGCUCUGCUCCCAUUUGCCAGAAUGCCCCAGAGGUGCUGGGUGGCUGGUAGGCUGAGGCCCAGGGAAGUGCAGCCUGUAGCCCCAACGAGGAGCGUGGAAAGAUGUUUCUGGGUCUUUUCUGCCAAGGCCUGUCCUAUCUCUCAUUGCGCGAGUUUAGGUCAGUUACAGUCGGAGCUCUCAUCUGGUGCCCAGCUCACACUUAGAGUUUCUGCCUGGCCAUGUGUCCUUCCAAGAGGCCAAGAUCUUUGCAGACCUUAUGAGGAAGGCGGGGCGAGCUGCAUUUUCCUGUUUCUUCAGGUGAGGCAGGCAGUGCCCCAAGAGGCAAAAUGACUUGCCCGGGGUCCCACAGCCAGGGAGAGGGGCAGAGCAGUGACCCAGACGAGGCCUCCUGAUUGCUGGUCCCAUGUGCUUGCAGUAGCUGGGGUAAAGAUGUGUAGUCUGGGGGCCUUCUCCCUAGAGGUGAGCGCAGCAUUGUGGGGCAGCAGGCUAGAAGCUUUCAGGCUCACUGUGGAGUCAAGGCAACAGCUGCUGACUGCCAGCCUUAGGUGAGUUCAAGCUCUGGUGUGUGUUUUGAUCCAGGGGUCCUGUGGUUUGCCUGCACUUGUGGACAUGCCAUUAGAGCUUCAAGUGACACACCUGGAGUGGCCAGUCACCAACCCAUAUUACUCCCUUCGGCUGUCUUUCCCUUUCCUCAUCUGUAAAGCUUUUUGGUGGCUUGGGAAGGGGGAGCAGGAAGAGAGGGUGAGGUUGGGGACAGAUAGACAAUCUCCAAGCUCCUUUUCAACUUUGAAAACAUUCUAAUUGGGUGUUACUUUAAAAUUUGUGUUCUUGAGUGAUGACAAAGCCUUGUCCAGCUUGGAUGUUCUGCAGGUGCCUUGGGGGCCAUUCAUGAGGGAAAUAGGGCCAGGCAGGGUGUGACGCGAGCACGUUGCCUCUGCUUCAGACAGAGCAGCUCCAACUUGAUCUCUUUCAGACAUCAGGGUUCCUUGGGAAAAUUGCAUAUUUAAGAAGAAAAGAUAAAAAAUCCUGCUGCUUUAAAAAAGUGUGAAAUUGACUCAUGAGACUAAACAAGCUAAUGUAUCUAUUGCUAAUGCCGGGCCUAGUCCUUGAGAAUUACUAGCUAAUUUUUUUUUUUUUUUUUUAAGAUUUUUCAAAUACCUCA